GAUGAAAAAAAAAAAAACAAUCUUUUGAUCUUUUGCAAAUUUGCAAAGCCAUGGAGGUCCACCCCAUGUGACAUGUGCUAAGCAAAAUUGUUUUUGAUAAAUAAAAUAAUAAAUAUAAACAACAUUUUUUACAAGAUAUAAAUAUACAUUACAAACGAUUUGAAUAUUCAAUUGGAUUAAUAAAAAAGUGACAAGUGCAGCUUGUAAAAAAUAUAAAAAUAUCCUACAAGUCAAGGAUUUUUUGUUACACGAUCCAGACUUUAUAAACAACUGGUAUAUUGGUUUAAACAUUAAAAAAAAAAAGCACGAUGGACGAAUCUUGCAGGUUAAGUGAUACAAGUGAUAGUGAUGAAGAGUCACAAUCAAACCACAUUGGUUUCAAUAAGUCAUUUGGAAAAAGAUCUCGUGAUGAAGAAUCCGAUGAAUUGGAACAGUCAGAGUAUGAAUCAAAACGUAUCAGAUUCAAUGACACGUCCUCAAGUUUUCGAGAAUCAAUUGAUUCAGAAGAGGAUGUAUCAGGUGUUGAUGAUAAUGAUGAUGAAAAACCUUCAAAUAUAUCAAUGGAAAUGAUGAGAAAUAUUGGCUAUCAACAAGAUUUAUCAGACAAUGAUGAUAAUAAUAAACCAUCAUCAAAUAUAUCAAUGGAAAUGAUGAGAAAUAUUGGCUAUCAACAACAAAAUUUAUCAGACAAUGAUGAUGAUAUUAAUAAAUCAUCAUCAAAUAUUGCCAUGAGCAUGAUGAGAAAAAUGGGUUAUCAAAAAGGAAAAGGUUUAGGUAAAGCAGAACAAGGUAUUGUUGCACCAAUUGAAGCAUACAGUCAAAAAGGACGUCGUGGUUUGGGUCAUGAUAAUACAAAAUUAAGUCAAGCAAGACUUAAAUGGGAUCCAACUGCUGAAAUUGUUAAUGUUAAAGAAGAAAUAACAUGGUUAACAAAUACACAAGAACCACCAACUAAAAAUGAAAUGAAAAAUUGGCUAAGUCUUGGAUUAAAAAAAAAAACAAUUGACAAUGAAACAUUAUUUUGUGAUCCAAAUAUAUAUGAACAAGUUAAUGGUUCAAAAUCAAUAUUUGAUAGUUUAGAUAAACAUGAAAUGAGACGUGCUAGAACACGUUCAAAUCCAUAUGAAACAAUACGUGGACAUUGUUUUUUAAAUAGAGCUGCUGUUAAAAUGGCAAAUAUGGAUAAAGUAUGUGAUUUUAUGUUUACAAAACCACAAAAUAUUUCUCCUGAUGAAUUGCUAUAUUUUGCUGAUGUUUGUGCUGGACCUGGUGGUUUUAGUGAAUAUAUAUUACAUCGUAAAAAUUGGCAUGCAAAAGGUUUUGGUUUUACAUUAAAAUCCGAAAAUGAUUUUAAACUAGAAGAUUUUUGGGCUGGACCACCAGAUACAUUUCAUCCAUUUUAUGGUCCAAAAGACGAUGGUAAUGUUUAUGAUCCAGAAAAUCAAGAUGCAUUUAGAUAUUUAAUAAUGCAACAUACAAAAGGUCUUGGUGUACAUUUUAUGAUGUCUGAUGGUGGUUUUUCAGUUGAAGGUGAUGAAAAUAUGCAAGAAAUAUUAUCAAAACAAUUAUAUUUAUGUCAAUGUCUUGUAGCACUUAUGAUUGUACGUGAAGGUGGUCAUUUUGUUACAAAAUUAUUUGAUAUAUUUACAAAUUUUAGUGCUGGUUUAGUAUAUAUUAUGUCAAGAUGUUUUAAAAGAAUAUCAAUAUUCAAGCCAAAUACAUCAAGACCAGCAAAUUCAGAAAGAUAUUUAAUAUGUCAAGGUAAAUUAUCAAAUAUUGAUGAUGUCAUUAAAUAUUUAUCACAUGCAAAUCAUUUAAUAUCUAAAAAUGAUCAUAAUAAUGAUGUAACUCAGCUGGUACCAAUUGAUAUUAUAAGAAAUGAUGAAAAUUUUAUGGAUUAUCUUUAUGAAUCAAAUACAACACUUGGUAGUCAACAAGUUGUUGGUUUAUUAAAAAUUGCUGCAUUUUGUGAAGAUAUGAAUUUAAUUGAAAAAAGACAACCACAAAUACGUAAAGAAUGUCUUGAUUAUUGGCAACUUGAUGAUAUACCAAGAAAAUCACCAAGAAAUUCAUCACCAGAUGAAAAAUUACAAGAAUUAUUUACUGGUAAAUCAAUGAAUUUUAUUAGAAGUCAAUUUAAACAAUUAAAUCAAGAUAAUUUACAUGAUACUAUUAUGAAUACACCAUAUGAUUGGUAUUGUGUACCUUCAACUGGUGGUAAAACACAAAAUAUUGAUGAAAUACCAACAUUUUAUUUGAGUACAUAUAGAAGUAGUGUUUAUCGUUUUAUUAAAAAUUCAUGGAAUCUUGUAGAAAAUGUACAAUUACCAAGUGGUACACUUGUUUAUGCUGAAGCUGUCAUGUGUUAUAAACGUGAAAAUAAAUAUCAAUCAAAAUUAAAAUCAUUACAUAUUAUUGAUGCAUAUUCACUUGGUUCAGAAAUUAUUAAUUUAAAACCAAUUGAAGAAAGACAUAGACUUAUUAGAAAAUUUUGUAAUGCACUUUGGAAACCAAAUCAUGGUACAUUAUAUCCUAUACGUGCCAAAGAAUUACAUUCCUUUCAUGAUGGUGAUAUUAAAACAAAGCUAGAUGUUAAAUAUUGUAAUAUGAAAAAUGGUAAUAAAAGAUUACUAUGUCAUUUUCCAAAUGAAACAAUUGAUUUAUAUGAUGAUAAGGAAAAAGAAGAACAAUUGUAUUAUGUACCAAAUAGUGUUAUAUUUAUGAAAGGCACAGCAGUACCAUGGAAAGCACAUUUGAGUAAAACAACUAAACAUAUUUAUUAUUUUAAUAGAGUAACUAAUAAACCUGAAUACAAAAAAUACUUGCCAGAUGAUGCAUAUGCAUCAUUUUGUGAAACAUUUGAAAAUCGUAUGAUAUGGUAUCAUCCUUAUGAUGAAAAAUUAAAUAUUGAUUCUCUUUGUGAUUCACUUGAUAAAUAUUUUCAAAAAUCUUAACAAUAUUUUUAUUGUUCCUUUUUUUUUUUAUUUAUUACAUUUCAUUUGUCAUUCAUUAUUAUUUAAAUAUUAUUAAAAUUAUAUUUCAUUUUUUCUUUACUUUUAUUUUUAAUAAUUGAUCAUUUAAAAAAAAAAACAAAAAAGUUUGUUAAUAUUUUCUUAUUAACAUUGUAUAUAUUGUAAAUCAAUCAAUAUAUAAAAUAUAAAAAAUAAAAAUAUGUGUUGUUGUUGUUGUUGCUUCAAAUGUCGUGAUUAAAAAAAAACUCAUGACAUCAAAUAUUAUGUAUUAGAAAAAAUAAAAACAAAAAAAAAAAAAAACA